UCUGUUUUAUGGGGCUGCAGGGAGCGUCUCAAAAUCUGGCUUCCUCUUUAUCAUACUUAAAAAAAAAGAAAUAAAAAAAAAGAAAUAGUCUUUUCCUUUACCUUGUCUGAAUAUCUGAAAUGAGUGCAUGUUUGUGGGUGUGAAAGGUGGUGAGAGAGAGAAAAAGAGAGAGAGGGAGAGAGAGAGAGAAAGAGAGAGAGAGCGAGAGAGUCAGCACAAAUAAAUGGAACAGCAGAGUGAACAGACUGAAGCUGAGAAGUGGGAGGGUUGGACUUGAGGAGAGAAGUGUUGCCUGUCCUGGUGGAAGUGGACAAUUUAGUCUCCAGUGUCCUUGAGACAGAGUACAGUCUUCAUUCUUCUGGAUAGCUGCUCAUUUCAAACAGAAACAGGAGCCAUCCUCUGGGAACUGACCCUCGUUCGGUGGGACAAGGUUUUUUUUUUUGACUCCAGGUUGAUUUGUCACCAUCAACACCAACAAGGAUCCUGAAGGUACACCAGGCUCCACCAAUAUCAAUCACUGCCCCUGAGGGAGGAAUAAAACAAGAAGAACAAGGGAAGAAGGUGAGAAAGGUCAGACAUCUACAAACAACAACAAGAAGAAAAAGUCUGAAAUGGUUCCUUUGGGACGUGCUGGAUUUAUUGCUCUACUUUGAAGUCCAGAAGAAAAGUCAAGUAAAUAAGGAACCCUCCGGUGAGAAAAGAAGGAAUUUCCUUGGUAAAAGAAAACCCAGAGUGGAUAUGAGAUAAGAAAAUAAAUAAAGGAAAUUUAAACUGGUGCGGCGAGAGAUGCUGUGAUUCAACGUUACUUUGAAACCAAGUCUUAUCACAUCAAGUAUACAGAGAGGAGACAGACAUUACAGGGAAGAUUUGGACAACGGGACAGUACUUUUCUUAGGGGAUAGUAAAAGAAUAAUUGGGAACUAUUUUUUUUCAAUAAAAAAUAUUAAUUAUUCUGGAACAAAAACUUAAUAUAGCUCUUCUACAGUUUGGAAAAAUAAGUAAAAAAGAAAAAAGUUAAAAAAAAUAAAGCAAAGCGUCAAACUCAAUCAAAAUGCAGAAGUGAAGAGUCAAAAGAAUUGAAAAAUUGCUGAGGACCAAAAGGAGAAAAAUCCGAAAAGUACUAUAACAAAGACAUGGACUAAGGGAUUAACAAGGAAACACGAGAAAAAGGACCAAACAAAGGGAAGACACAGGGAUCAAGUGAAGCUCAGGUGUGACCAUGAGGCUCCUGCACAUUCUUGCAGCUCCCAUCAUCCUCCUCCUCUUCUCCUCUUCGGCGUCCUCCUCUGGCAGUGUGUCACCAGGUCGACUGGAGCGCUGGGUUCGUGGAGGCCUCCAGUCUCUGCAGUGGGAGCAGCUGGAACGCUGUCUCCGUAUGUCCCAAUCCUCUGAAGCCGAGUGCAGGCAGCUGGCCCACCUGCCUCCCUCUGCUGUGGCAGUUUAUACCUCCGAACCAUACAACGGCGCAGGUAACACUGAAAAAGUCCUGGCCAUCCUGCCCGACUCCUCAGGAGGCAUGGUGAAAUCCAAACUCAGGGGAGGUUAUGAUGUCAGUCAGGUCCUGAAUAGAGACGGUACUCACAGACACCCACAGUCCUUUUCUGGCUCUGUGGCCCACGAUGCUGUCCUAGUCCUGGACCCAAGCCCGGGGGAAAACUUUGGACACCCAGUCUUUCUCUUCUAUGUGGAUGUGAAUGUGACAAAGAAGAGGUGUCUGCACAUGAAUGGCGUUUAUUUGGGUGACGAGUGUUUGACCCUGGCUUUGAAAAGCCGCUGCCAGAACCAGCUGAAACGUUGGCAAGUGGGUUGGCUGCCAGGUGGGACACUGCGUGGCAGAUCCAUCACCGUUGGCAGGGCAGGCCGAUUGGUUGAACGGGCCAGCGGAGGACUCUGUGUCAUCCACUUUUUGCCACUAGUGGUCGGAGUAGGAGACAGCAACCUGACGCAGAAGCUCAGAUGCGUUGAUCAUGGCGAAUUUGCAACGUGUCCUCAGCUUCUGCCUAUGGGCUCUCCCAGUUUGCCCAUCUCCAGUUGUGAGCUGAACAAGAACACCAGACGCUGCCACCAGCAGCCUCUGGCCACUCACCUGUCCUGUCGUCUCUACCAGACCUGUGACCACGCCGUGCUCAUCUCAGGUGGUUGGCGGCAACAGAUGACGUUUCAGCGUCACAUUCACAACCUUCAGAGGUUCUACAGAAUGCUACGGAUCAACGGCUUCCACAAAGAUCACAUCAAGACCUUCUUUGCCAGUGGUGGACAGCUUCCUGAAGACCUGGAGAAUGUCCACCCUGCAACCGAGAAAGCAGCGAUCCGUAACCACGUGUCAUACAUCUGCAGGAAGCAGCACUGUGCUGACACUUUGGUUCUCUACCUGAACUCACCCACACGCAAUGAUGGAACCAUGCUGCUGUGGGACGCAAAUCUUAAUGGAAUGGCUGAUCUAAAGGAGAGAUACUCCGUGAGUGAGCUGCUAACUGAUCUGGCGGGCUGCAGGGCAACCCGUGUUUUGCUGUUUGUGGAUCAAAGCUACAGCGGUGUUCUGUCUAAGAGGCUGAGGAGUUCUCAGAAACACCUGAAUGUUGUCCUGAUCCAGAAGCAGCCACAGCAGACCGACAUCCAGCAGAACCAGAGAAUGUCACCAGCCUCGGAAGACAACAGCUGGUCCUCGAUCCGGCCUGCAGACUGUCUCCUGGACCACCUGGAGAAGGAUGGAGGUGUGACUAACCUGUUGGAGUCAUGGGCAGGACUUCUAAAUGUCACCUUGGCUGGUGCUCCCUGCAAUGUCAUACCUCCCCUGACUGAUGGGGAGUUGAGGAAGGAGUAUCAGGGCUGUCAGAACCUGCCAACAGCACUGUGGCAUCAGAAACAGAGGCAGAUCAGCUAAAGGGAAGAGAAUGACCCAAUCCCCAAAUAAAUGUACACAUCCAAACAGCCGUAAGAGACACAGACAUUUUUAUCACACGCAGUAGUACGUUGGUGAAGGUCAAACACUGUCGCCAUAGAAACAAGAUUUCUGUUACAACAAUGAUCAUUUUAUCCUACUGAUUGUGAGUCCGGCCGGGUGGGUCCAAAGCUAGUCUUUAUGCUUUUUGUCUUUUGUCUUGCCCAAUAUAUCAAAAUAUAUCGUACAACGCAACAUGAUCAACCUCUGUGUUGUUAAGUUCCCUCAAUGUAAAAAGCAGACAUUUAAAUUUUCAUAAACUUCUUCCGACUUACAAUCGUGUGACUACUGACAUGACGACAAAAAUGAUUUUGCUUCCCAACUCUCUGCUCAGAGAUCGUAAUUGUAGUGGAGAUACCUUAUCCUAAUGCUAUUGUCCUGGACACCACAUGGACACAGUCUGUUUGCAUUUACAUGUAUGUUUGUGUAUGUGUGGUGCGUGCAUGUGUGUAAGAGAAAGAGUUCAGUGAGAGUCCAACCGCUCGUAAAGAUUGUGCUGGGGUCACGGCUCCAUCUCCUGGGCACUUCAAUGUUUUUGGAGUUAUUCGUCAUCCUCCGUUCUAAUCUUUGUGGACAGUUAUCUUUAGUUCCUUUCGUACCACGUCUUUUGGUUUUAUGACCACGACCAAAGCCAGGAGUGAUUGUUUGUAUUUUCGGAGACGCCAGUGUUCUUCUAUGGGCUCCAUGCAGCCCAGGUCAGUACCAUCCACUAACUACAUGUUCUAAGCAGGAGUGGCUGGAUACAACUUUUUCAUGUCCGAUACCGAUUCUGCAACUUUUCAGUAUCUGCUAAUACCAAUAUCAAUCUGAUGCCUUCUUUACUCCUCUAGCAUGCCGCAGCCUACCGUUGCUGAGGUGAUAGUGUCCCUGUUUACGGGAAAAGUUAAGUUGAGCAUUUGGGCUUAGGUAUCAGAUCGGAUGGUUUUUUUUGGACGUUUGAUCCUAAUAUGGGACUGAUACCAAUCCUGAGCAUCUGAUCAAGCCAUCUCCAGUUGAUCUAAACAUUAGUUGCUGAAGAAAUGAAGGUGGAGCUACUUUGACUGUAAGCUCACUGAUUGGUCAUUUGAUUAACAAAUUGAUUAGCAAAUGAAUGCUAGAAACUACAGUAGAAACUACAGGCAUUUUAGAGACUUACAUCUUAUUGUGUUUGAAAGUUUGACCCAUAUACAAGGGUAUUCUAUGGAUGUAGGAAAAUAAAUUGGUAUUGUAGUUUAGUCCAAAAACUAGCGGUAGCUUUAGUGAUACAUAUUCUAAACCAGUUUCCCUAACUUUUCUGGGGACCCAUAUUUUAAAAAUCACAAACCUUUGCGACCCAAGUCAAUAGACAUUAUUCGUAAUCUCCUGGGCAACAUGAUGCGAGACGACCCAAAAAAAACCUCUUGCGACCCACCUGAGGGUCGCGACCCAGUCUUUGGGAAACAAUGUUCUAAACUUGUGCGAGGUCUGCAGCUACAGCACCCAGUGUUUGUGUUUUUGUGUGUACAUGACUCAUGCCCAUGUGUACAGAAAUGAAGGUACUAGUACUUUAAUUUUUGUUUGCUAGUCCUAAAUGUGUACCACAGAUAAUUAUAAAAGUGCAGUAAAACAAAAUAUAUUGUAGGAGUAUUUUAGUGUGAGUACUGUUAUAUGGUUGGUUAUCACCAAUGUCAUUUUGCAAUAUGGCAAUCAAGCAAUCAAUCAAGUGCUGCCACAACCAAGAUCACCAGAUCAGGUGUAAAAAUGUGUCAAAAACUAAAGAGUCAACACCACCAACACUGAAAUCAAAUGAAAUCCCCUUUUUAUAGAAAAAUAGUGAAAAGUGUGUACAGUACAGUAUACAUGAAGUGUUUUUGUUUUCUUAUAUUUCAUGCUGAGAAAACAACCCACAUCCACAUCAAAAGUGUGUGUCUGUGUGUUUGCACAUUACAUUACACAUGCCCGUAGUCAAAGUACCACACGCUCUGUACCUGUAUAUACCACAGUCAUGUGUGUUUGUCAGACGUUCGCUGUUGUACUGAUUUCCCAGUAGUAACGUGUUUUAAAGAUGCUGAGAAGUGGAUCGACGGCAUUGACAAGCUGACCGUUUGUGUAACGGUCUGUACAGAACAUUAGGUGUCAGUAAGCGGAGGAGUUCCCUGUUGCAUGCAGUGUCCUGAAGUCUAACAUCAAUAAAAUACUUGUUGAAAGCA